AUGCCUGGUUGAUUUGUAUGUGUUUUCUUUUUCAUUUAUUGAUUUUUGAUAUGAUCUUCAGAUUUUCUUUGUCAUUAGGAGCUUUAAGUUGUUUUACAACAAAGUUAUCUUUUCAUACCGGAAGUAGUUAAAAAUUCGACUUCAUCGACAAUGCUUUUGAACUAUUUAAGUUCAAGUGAUUGGCAUAGAUUUUACUCCUAAAUUGUUGGUGUUUGAUCAAGAUAGGGCAGGUCAAAUUUACAAGAACUUCACAAGUAAUUUUUGAAAAGGUGCUGAACAUGGAGCCUUCUUUGGACACUACAGCAUCGAUUAGAAUGCAAAAGGACUUUGAUGCUUUUCUCUCAGGCAUAGAAAACAAGGGAGAACAUCCAUCCUUUCUUCUUGACUUAGAUGGUAACUUGACAAAAGGUCUACCUAAUCCUAAACAACAGAAGGAUGCAUCAUCGCUGAACAUUAAGCAUCUUACUGAAAAAGAGAAAGAAGGCAAGAGGAAAGAAACAGAACUGCUAGCUGCCCGAAGUCAGAUUGCUUUGCUUCAGAGUCAACUGAGCUCUUUACAAUCAUCACACAAGCGUGCACGAAUUGAAUUUGAAACAGAUCUGGAAGCAGUAAAGAAUAAGCGCUAUCAUGAAACAGAACGCAUGUCUGAGCUGCGCCUCAAGCUUCAGCAAACAAUAGAAACCAAGGAGGCUAUGAGGAAUGAGCUGGCAGAGGAAAGGCGUGAAUGGGAAUCAGUGCGGUCUGGACUUGAGGCCAAAUUACGCCAAGUACAACGUGAAAAAAUGGUGCUAGAGGAAGAAAUUCAAAAGGUACAUGAAGAGUCUUGGAAGCAGAUGAUGGAAUUGAAGCAUGAAUCUGGGCGGUGCUUGGUAGAAUUGCAGCUGAAUGUUACAGAGCUUGAAGAGGCAAAGGCACAGCUUAAUCUUCAAAAUCAGCAAAUAAAGGAAAUGAGAACUCAGCUGAAAGACUUGGAAGAGGUGCAACAAAAGCUACAUAAGUCAGAUGAGAGAAUUAAAGAGCUUGAAGAAGUGGUUGCCCAGCACAAAGAAGAUGCUGCUAUAGCACAUGCCAUGAGAGCAGAUGUAGAAAAAGUGCCUGGCUUGGAAAAGGAGUUAGUCAAAUUACGUACAGAGAAUGAAUAUUACAGACACCACCAGCACAACAUCUUACUGCUGCAAGAACAGCAUGCUAGCAUGAAACUAAAGUUUGAACAAGCAGAAAAACGUUUGGAAGACCUCACAAGGUUGCAGUUUGAGAAUGAGGAGCUGAAUGGGCGUUUACAACGUUGGGAGGCUGAAGAUUCAAGUGGAUCCCGCAGACCUCAAUCACCAUCACAGUUGUCUCGACGAGUAAUGGAGCUGCAGAUAGCACAAGCACUUGCUCUAGAGCAAAAUGGAGAGUUACAGUCCAGACUGAGUAUAGCAGAAGCAGAACUUGAGGAGGCUAAGGAGUUAAAGCAGAAAAUGUCAGAAGACUUGACUUCACUUAAGUUGCAGAGAGAGCAGCAUGAGGACAAGACUAAACGACUUCAUCGCAAACUUCUACUUGUUACUAAGGAGCGUGAAUGCUAUAAGAGAAUCCUGGAUUCCUAUGAGAGUGAGAUCACCGUUCAGCUACCGGCUAAUGCUCGUGUACAACAGUUAGAAGAGGUGGUGGAGGAGUACCGUACACAGCUUCAGGAACUAGAGACUCAGCUUCAGCAGCUUACAGACAACAACUCAACACUUACAGCACGCUGCCGGGAGCUUGAAAGGCAUCAGCAGAAGGAGAAAGUCACAGUCCAACCAAUUUCUCUUAAGGCUGACCAGGAAAAAAUCCAGCAACUGGUAGAACGGAUUGUGGAGUUAGAAUAUAAACUAAAAGUUUCUGAGAAUGACAAGAUGGUGCUAGAAAUGAGGAUUGAACAACGACAUCUUCAGGGAGACUUUGAUCCAUCUUGCACCAAAAUUCUUCACUACUCCCUGAAUCCAGCUGCACUUGCUCAAAAGCAAAGACAGCAGGAGUUGGAGAGGCUACAAGAGGAAAAUGCACAACUCACAGCUCGUGUGCAGGUGCUGGAAUCAAAGAGGGGAGCAGUUGAAGAUGUAACAGAGCAAGUUGAUCAGAUGCUGCAUAGUGCUUCAGACAGCAAAGUAAUUGAAGAGUUAAGAGCCCAGCUUGCUCUUGAGGAGCUGCGCAAAAAGCGCCUGGUGGAGGCCUUUAAGAAGACUAGUCAUGAGUUUCGAGAGACUUGCUAUCAGCUACUUGGUUACAAGAUUGACAUGCCAGCUACAGGACAGUACCGUCUUGCAAGCAUGUAUGCUGAGUCUCCCCAUGACUAUUUGCUGUUUAAGCAAGGACCAUCUGGAGAGAUUCAAAUGCUGCAGACUGAGUUUUCUGAAAGACAGCAGGACAAGAUGGAUCUGUACCUGCAACACAAAGACAGUAUUCCAGCAUUGCUAAGUGCUAUCACCCUUGAUCUCUUCAACCAGCAAACUAUGAACCUUGGAUGAAUUCUCUACAUCUAUCCAUAGUGCCUGUGAAAUCAUCAGCAAUAAUUAUUGCAAAAGAGACUAGGUUACAAUAAAUUUUAAACAGAUACUUUCA